AUGCUGGCUAGGCUCGCUGCUAAGCGUCUCCUCGAGAUCCGUCAAGUUUUCCGUCAACCACCAUCUCAGGCGUCUCGGUGCUUCUCUACGGCCUUAAACUACCAUCUUGAUUCUCCUGAUAACAAACCUGAUCUUCCAUGGGAGUUUUCUGAGGCAAACAAAUCAAAGGUUAAGGAGAUUCUCUCUUACUAUCCAUCAAACUACAAGCAGUCUGCAGUUAUUCCGCUUCUAGAUCUUGCACAACAGCAGCAUGGAGGCUGGCUCCCUGUUUCAGCAAUGAACGCGGUUGCUAAAGUUAUAGAAGUUGCUCCUAUCCGUGUUUAUGAGGUUGCAACAUUUUACUCAAUGUUUAACAGGGCAAAGGUGGGAAAGUACCACCUGCUAGUUUGUGGCACAACACCUUGCAUGAUCCGUGGUUCCAGAGACAUCGAAUCAGCUUUGCUAGACCAUUUGGGAGUGAAACGCGGUGAAGUCACAAAGGAUGGGUUGUUCUCCGUUGGAGAAAUGGAAUGCAUGGGAUGUUGUGUUAAUGCACCCAUGAUCACUGUGGCAGACUAUUCCAAUGGAUCAGAAGGAUAUACAUAUAACUAUUUCGAAGAUGUUACCCCUGAGAAAGUCGUAGAGAUUGUUGAGAAGCUGAAAAAAGGAGAAAAGCCACCGCAUGGAACUCAAAACCCGAAGAGGAUCAAGUGCGGACCAGAAGGAGGAAACAAGACAUUGCUCGGUGAGCCAAAUCCACCACAAUUCCGUGAUCUUGACGCUUGCUAA